AAACAACACCAGGUCUUUCCUCCUAUCCAGUCAAGCUGCCUCGCUCAAACUCUUCACCUUCGCCGCCAUCCUAUAGAGCUUCAGCGCCUCGAACGGAACUAUCAAGGCGCCAUGCUCAGGGAACUCGUGGAGGGACACGGCGACCAGGGUCGUUAAGUGUUGCAACUGUCGACAAGACAGACCAGGCGGUCCCGGAUCUGAGCUCAACGUACCAUGCGAGUUCGUCAGGCUCUGACUCGGCAAGCGACACCGUCGGGGAAGACACAGAUGAAGAACUGCAUGCUCGCGGACGACGCGGUUCCAUGAAGCUGCUUCGGAGGGAUGCCCCGAAGUCCAUGCGAAAGAAAAGGCAGCGUGCAUCUCUGGCCAGGUCGCCAAGUCCCAUGCCUGCGAAUGCUCUAUACCUUGAGGGCGAUCAAAACGAGAGCACAUUUCGGAAACAGUCGUUCACCCGGUCACGAUCUCCUCAGGUCCGUUCUUGGACGGCUUCGGCCAGCGUGCAAGGCAAUGCCAGUCCCUCUUCUUUUCUCACCUCGCGACGCAAAUCAGGCUUCACGCCUCGUACGCUACUCCCUGGCGUAUUGACCGCACGCAUACACAUUCCCGUUGUGGACUACACAUGGACAUUUUCUAUAGAUGCUAGAAGUUUAGGAGAAUCACUCCUGCUUCUCGGAUCACUCAUUUAUUUGUAUAAGAAACUCACCGAUUUAGCCGUCAUGGACUCCACAUCGCUAGAAAUACGUGCACUCGUCGCGGUUGCCUUAAUCUACGUGUGUUGGGCACACUCAUCCUUGUCUCGGAGCAAAAUAGGCCCGAUCCCGUCACAAAUCCAAAGUACAGAUGGCCACGACUCCAAACGCAGCCCAGCGGCGACCUCUAGCUCCAAGUUUACACAUUUCAGCUAUGUUUGGAUGACUGUACCAAAGAAUUAUAGGGAAUCUUCCGAUGAUGGCGUCUUGACCGGGAUGCUACUUCCUUCUUUGAUAUCUCUUUCCCUGUUAUAUUCGUCCCUACGACGAGCAGGGCAGUCUGACGGCGACCUCUUGCCCCGCGACUGGCGGAUCGAGCCACCUCAUAGUCUGCAACAUCCCGGAUUUGAAACAGCCGUUGAUGCGCUGAUAGCGGCUCGCAAAUCUUUGGUUGACUUUGCUACCCUGUGCACAUUUAUCCUUUUCUUCCAGAUAUGUGCUUCAGCUUGGUUUGAGCGCCGACACCGCAAGCUGAGGUUCACUCCAGAAGGGGAGCGUGGCUCGGUACCUCGGAGCGAAAUGCGUCGAACAUGGUAUUAUAUCGGUUUCGCAUUUACAGUAUCUCUCUUGGCGAUAUGUGUGAAGUUUACCGCGGUGCAACAUAAUAUCAGCUUGUGGAAACAUAUCAGCUACUUCGAUGUUGCGGUUGGUUCACUGUUCUUCCAGUUCUGCAUGUACACCGCGAUCCGGCUCGCCCAUGGCGCUUUUACCCUGGGAGAACUCGCACUUGUAUGCUUCGGUGGACUGGCUUUGGGCACUGAGUUGCUCAAUUUGACAAGGUCCAGGCUUUGGCCUGGUUCAACGCCGUUCAUUAAAACCUAUCGUCUCCCAAAUCCGCUCCUCGUGCUCCAAAUAGCACUCAUUGCAGGGUCUUUUCUCACCGGCUUUUUGCUUUCUCCCCUUCUUGUCUUGUCUAGGCACAUUGCACAGCGGCCCGUCCGUCGCUUACGAUUCCCACAGGAUAAGCAGAGGCACCGAAAGGCUCUGGCUGCUAGCUUUUAUGUCGGUGCUCUCGUUGUCGUUGUUGCUCUCAUCGGCUCUUGGACAUGGUGGAGUCUUGGUAAACGAGAUCCGUGGUUAUGGACAAUCUUUUGGCUUCUCGAGGGAAACAGGAAAUGGAGUCGCCCGCUGUUGCUUAUUUACUGGGGAGUUCUUGGUGGCUUAAGUGUGGCGGGGUGGAACAGGCAGCUUGCCCGGUCGAAGCGAUACCGCCCACGAAAUGCGAUGGUCAACUCGGACAAUGUCGUUAUUCCUGUUGCAGGCAACCAGGCGCCGAAGGAUUCUCCCGAGCUCCCUCCGACCACGCCACCGACCAGCGGUCUUGGGCUCACCUUCCCAAAUUUGCCUGGUCUUCCCAACCUCUCGAAUGGAUCGCAGGUCGCGACGGAUUUGCUGGAUGCGGCGGACAAGCAUGUGCCAACGCUGGGAAUCAAUGCGAGAAGGAAGUUCUUCCAUGCUCUCGCUGUGGUCAUGUUCCUUCCGGGCAUUGCCGUCGACCCCGCCUUCUCUCACCUAUCUUUCAGUGUGGCAUUUGCGCUGUUUAUUUUUGCAGAAUAUGUCAGAUAUUUCGCUGUAUACCCUUUCGGCGCAGCGGUUCAUUUAUUUAUGAACGAGUUCCUGGAUCACAAGGAUAGCGGGACGGCAAUAUUGAGUCACUUCUAUCUCUUGACAGGUUGUGCAGGAUCAGUGUGGUUGGAAGACUCCUCCCGGCUCUCGCUUUACACUGGGAUUCUAACCCUCGGGGUCGGGGAUGCAUUAGCGUCAAUUGUCGGCAAGCGCAUUGGACGGCAUCGCUGGUCACCCAGCACAUCAAAGACGAUUGAGGGUAGCGCUGCAUUUGUCAUAUCUGUCGUUGCUUGUGGCUGCCUUCUCCGCCUAUGUGGGCUAAUUGAGGAAUUCUCGACGAUGCGGUAUGCAGCGGUCAUUACGAUGUCGGCGGUUCUCGAAGCAUUGUCGGACCAAAACGACAAUCUGACACUACCGCUUUAUAUGUGGUGUAUACUGGUAGCUGUACAAGUCUGACAUCUGGAUAGACGAGCUCGAGUAUGAUAGUACUUGGAAAGGAAAUUUAUCGC